UUAUACUCAUUGUUGUUGAUUUUUUUGAGCAUCUUUGCUAGUUGGUCAGUAAAAUAGAUACUUCAUAGUUCAUUUAUCCAGUCACCAGUGUCGAGUUUGUUUAUGUGUGCGAUAGAAUUGCACGUUGCGUUCGUCUCUUUCUCAGCCAGUUUGUUGGCGCAUCCUUGAAUUACCUAUCAUAGUUUAAUUCGUUAUCAAACGCAAUUUAGCCAUUCUUUAUUUUUAAACGUUUUUCAUUGCGUAUGUGUUUGCCAGUUGUGACUUUGUUUUAUACGAGUAGUUGGAAUACAAAUGGUUAGGUACAUAUCAUUUUUGUCUACACAUCAACGAUUUUAACCAAGUUUGAAGUUUUUGAAGGCAGUAUUUGUUUCAUCUACGACUCAGAUUACAAAAAGUUGAAGCUCCGAGAAAACAAAAUCACUGAAGUACAUGCCAUCCGCCCGCAAUAAAUACCUGAUAAAUUGUUGAUACCUGAUUCAAAUUUCAUCAUGUCGUCGAACGAGUCUAGCGUUUUAACGUGUACAAAUACAUCCACCAAAGAUUUCUGGUGUAGCACAGUCGAGUUCCACGAAGCAGAGUUUGUUUGGAGAAUAAGUGACUUCAGUUCUCUCGACGACGAGGGUGAAAUCAUAAAAUCCGAAACAUUCUCAUCUCCUACAAACGAUAAAUUUAUAUGGUAUUUGGAUUUUCACUUCAGAGGCAAAAACGCGGAAACGGAUACUUUUCGUUUAUUUUUAAACCUGAGUAAAAAAAGCGCAUCUAAAAGAGUAUUCGUAAAAUACACUUUUUCAAUUUUGAAUAAUGCAAAGGGAGAAAACUAUAAAUCGAAGUUUGAGUGUAGUGAAUUCUUCAACGACUACGAUGAUCCAGAUGAUGAUAAUGGGGGUUGGCAUGAUUGUCCUAAGAAAAACGAAACUUUCAGAAGUAAAUUUUUACUGAAUGAUACCUUGACGAUUUCAUUCCAGAUGAUAUUUUUCGAAAUGAGCCCCAAAAAUUUAGCUAGUAUGUUUCACCGUUGUAACACUACUCAUCUCAAACAACUUUCCGAUAAUUUGGCAUCAGUUUUUGAGAAUCCUAGUUUUGCAGACUUCACGAUUAUAGCAAAAGACAAAACUUAUCAAGUUCACAAAGAUAUUUUAGCUGCACGUAGUACUUAUUUCGCUAAGAUGUUCGAAAGCGGCAUGAAAGAAAAUCAACAAAAUUGUGUAGAAAUUACCGAUGUAAAUGAAGACAUUAUGGGAGAAAUGUUGAAAUUUAUUUACACCGGAGUAUGUGAAAAUUUGGAUGAAUUAGCCGACGACUUAUUAAUCGCUGCUGACAAGUAUGAUAUAGAUCAUCUGAAGAAGGUUUGCGUAGAGUCAAUUUACAGUAAGUCUUUAUGUGUAGAGAAUGCGCUGAAUACAUUGAUAUUGGCGGACCAGUAUGAUGCGAAUGAGCUUAAAUCAAAAGUGAUAGACUUUAUCGUAGCUAAUUCAUCUGAAAUAAUGGAGUCGGCGGCAUGGGAUGAAAUUAUGCCAGUGUAUCCUCAUCUCUUGAACAGUGUAUGUAAGGCGACCCGACGGUUCCUCGCCAGGCGUAAUUCUACUGAAUAAUGACAUUGUCUGUAAUUAUUUUACCUAGUUUUUAAGCUUUUAUGUUAGUGUUUUUUAUAGCUUAAACCUAAAUAAAUGAGCUUUAUUCUUUAA